CGAAAGCAAGAUGCUUCCAAGGGGAGCAGAGGGACGACUGUCGUCCUAUAUAUGUUUGUGCUCAUCACCUGCACUUAGAGUCUGUCUGGCAGCCGGGUUGUGUCAGUUAGCGCAUUAACUUCCGCAGCAUCGCCCAUUCUUUAAGAUCCACAGUGCUGGCUGUGGAGCGGCACUAGAAGUGAGAGGGGGAGGAAGGGCUUGUUGAGUGCUCGGAUUUCGGGAGCAAACCAUGGCAAAAGACGUGGGCGUGGAGCCUGGGUUCCCCUCCAAGGACUACACAGACCCACCUCCUGCGCCUCUCAUUGACGCAUCCGAGUUUGGGCAAUGGUCCUUCUACCGAGCAGUCAUCGCUGAGUUUGUAGCCACUCUUCUCUUCCUGUACAUUACCAUUGCCACCGUGAUAGGCGCAGUCCGAAAUGCUGGCUGUGAUGGGGUGGGACUUCUUGGCAUCGCAUGGGCUUUUGGAGGCAUGAUUUUCGUGCUGGUGUACUGCACCGCCGGUAUCUCAGGAGGUCAUAUUAAUCCAGCUGUUACGUUCGGCUUGCUGUUGGCACGCAAAAUCUCGCUGCCCCGAGCGCUUGCCUACAUGAUCGCGCAGUGCUUAGGAGCUAUCUGCGGUGCCGGUCUAGUGAAGGGAUUUCAGACUGCUUUCUACAUGAGGUAUGGUGGAGGCGCAAACUCUGUGGCCGCAGGGUACAGCAUCGGCACAGGACUAGCCGCCGAGAUCAUCGGAACGUUUGUUCUAGUGUACACCGUCUUCUCUGCCACAGACCCCAAGCGCAAUGCUCGUGAUUCUCAUGUGCCGGUGUUGGCUCCUCUUCCCAUAGGAUUUGCGGUGUUCAUGGUUCAUUUGGCAACUAUUCCCAUUACCGGAACUGGAAUCAACCCAGCAAGAAGCUUUGGCGCCGCUGUCAUCUACAACCGCAGCAAGCCUUGGAAUGACCACUGGAUCUAUUGGGUGGGUCCAUUCCUGGGAGCUGCUUUGGCCGCCGCUUACCACCAAUAUGUGCUUAGAGCUGGUCCUUUCAAGUCUCUGGGCUCCUUCCGCAGUGCCCCAAGUCACAUCUAAACGUGACAAUCUGCAUCUCCAUGAACCAGCCUUGGUGACUUGCAUUUUGGAAUAAUCAACCUUUUAUCUUGUUCUUCAGCAUUCCAUCCUCAGUCGAUUGUUUUUUUUUUGUGGUAUGCUAACUUAUGUACGUGAAAGUCGAUCGACACCGAGUGACCGAGCUCUCAACAAUUCAUCUUGGCUGCCGGCGGGACUCCUGCAGUUUUGCUUUGUUUUCUUUUUUCUUUUUUCUUUUAUAAUUAUUGAUUUCUUUUCUUCUUUUUUUCUAUUUUUUUCCUUUCUUAGAGAGUAUGUACGUAGGGCAUGUAAUCCUGACGUUCUCUUGUAAACAGAAAUCAGAUUUUAAAAAGCAGUUUGUACUCCCUUGUAAAGAUGGUUAAUCUUGGUAUUUUUCAGCUUUUCCGUCUGUAUCUGAGUGCCAUUGUAGCGGUUUAGUCCGAGUUCCGGCACAAUUGUGUAGCUGAACAGCAGCUUUCGUCGGUGGUUGUUGCUCGUAUCUGGCUUUUGGUAGUAGCUCAAAUAUUGGUAAACCAUAUAAGUUGCAGCUGGUGUUGCCUCUGUUUGGCUGUCGACGUUGGAUACAAUGCUCUAGUGUGAGGGAUCGUACGUCGACUCUUGUAUUGAUAGAUUUCUGUGAAGAAAUAAAUCGGUUUAUACUUCAUGGUCCA